AUGGAGUACUUGGAAGGCAAGGAGUAUAAGAAACUUUGAGAACAGAGUCAACAUCUGAGAGAUAGGACUGAUGAAGACAAGAUCUCCCCUGCUGGGGAGUGGGCAGGCCAGAGCCCAUCCUCUGCUCCAGUCAGGUUCAUGGUCAGGAUCCCAGUGUUUCCAGCAUCCCAGGCUGGGUCAUCCCUUUGCUGCCACACUUGUGGCAAAUGUUUUAAGAAACACCCCCACCUCCAUAGCCACCAAUUUGUUCACAAACCCAAGUGGACUUUUAACUGCAGCCAGUGGGGGAAAUCAUUUACGAGACCCAAGACCUUCAGCUGCCACAAGCACUUGCAUCUUGGGGAUAAUCCCUUCUGUUGCUCCAUCUGUGGCAAGACCUACUGUGACCCAUCUGGACUGAGUCGCCACUACCAUGUCCAUCUGGGUUACUGGCCCCAUCAAUACCCCCUCUGUGGGAAGGGCUUCCAGGACCAGUCAGAGGUUAAAUGCCACCAGAAGACACAGCAACACCAGGAGCCAGUGACAGGGAAGCAGGAGCAUAUUGUGAGGCUUCCAGGCCCCACAGCUGGAUUCCAGGAGCCAGAUGAUCCCAUGGACAAAACCUGGGCAUCCAUCAUUAGGAACCAGGCACCAGUGGCCAGGACCCAAGAGUCCAUAUUUGGAACUAAGGGUUCUAUGGCCCAGACCCAACCAUCUAUGGUUAGAAGCCAGACAUCUGGUCCUGUGACCAGGAUCCAGGCACCCAACAUUAGAACCCCCUGUUUGGAUACCAGGUCCAACUCUUGCCCAACAAGGCCCACAAAAUGCAAGGUGUUCUCUUGCCCCCAUUGUUCCUUUACUUUCAGCAAAAAAAAAGCCUAUCUCUUCAGCCACCAGAAGGCCUAUCUCACAGAGCAGCAAAACUGCUGCUUCCAUUGUGGAAAAUCCUUUAGCUCAUUCUCCAAGCUAAUGUGGCAUUAGCAGACCAACUGGAAGCAGAAGAUCUACCCUUGCCCUAUUUGUGACCUCUGCUUUGGGGAGAAGGAGGGCCUAGUGGGCCAUUGGAGGAGCCACAAAGGCAAGGGGCGAUGCCUGGGAAGCCCCCAUAAAUGCUGGGUGGUCCUGAGCCAAUGGCUCGGCCUGCCUCACACUGCCAACUCCAUGGCAAGGACAGAUGGGAAGCAUGGAGGAAGUGGGUCUUCUCCUAGGAUCCCUACCCCCAGGAGAGGGGAGGUAAGGGAAAUAGCAUAGAAAGGAGACAAUGCAAAGAAGGGUCUUGGAAAAUAA